AUGCCAGCAAAUUGGGAAGAUUUAUUAUGGCGUCCGUUGCAUACUGUAAAAGCAACUAUGGAUUAUCAAAGCGAUCAUCCUAUGGAUUUAUGUUUUGAAGCUGGCGAUAUUAUUGAUGUUCUUGGUAUUGAAAAUGAUAAUUGGUGGAAUGGCUGUAUCGUAAAAGGUCAUAAUGUAAAAUCAAAGAGCUUUGGUUCAUUUCCAAAAAUCUUUGUCGAAAUCAUCGAAGAACCUCCUCAAAAACCAUCUAAACCUAAAAAAAUUACAAAUCCUUGGUUCAAAGAUGAUCUUGAAAAGACUUUAGAACAGCAAAGUGAAAAUUCUAUCUCGAAACAGAAACCGAUCAUUAAUUCAAAACCUUUAGUUAAUCCUCAACCAUCUGUAGAUAAACCACCUCCACCACUACCUUCACGCGAAAAACUUAUGAUGCGUCAAAGUUCUACAAAGACGAUUGAAACCGUUGUUCCAAGGAACAAAUCCCCGAUAAGACAGGAUUUACUUAAUACAAAUCGUCCGGCGAUUAGAAGGAAAAAUUCAUCUAAUUCUGUCAGUAGUGAAAAAAGUAGCAAGGCUUCAACUGCCUUUUCAAUCGAAAGUGAGACACUUGUCGAUGAGUUUGAAGAGAAUCCUGACCCUAUUAGUCGAUGUUUACCUAUAGUUGACAAAGAUUUUGAGGAUUAUUUGGAUACAUCCGAAUAUGAUUUUUCAACCGUUGAUGAAUACGCACGUGAAACUCCUGAAUCUGAAACAAAAUCCGAAGCAAGGUUGGCAAACUAUUUGACUUCAGUAUGGGAUGAUGACAUAUAUAAAUUACGUGCUAUUUUCGCAUGGAUCACUGAUAAUAUCACAUACGAUUGCGAUUCAUUUUUUUCGGGAAAAUUAUCACAUAAAUCUGCCAAAGAUGUCCUGAAAACUAGAACUGCUGUAUGUGCUGGAUAUGCAGAAUUAUUUUAUGGUUUAGCAAAUGAAGCUGGUUUGCGUGUGUGGCAAAUUUCAGGAAACGCGAAGGGUGCGGGUUUUCAAGCUGGUGAUACUAUUGGCCCAAAUGAUCGUGCUUAUGCUCAUGCAUGGAAUGGUGCUUUAUACAAAGGAGAAUAUCUCUUAAUAGAUUCUACUUGGGGUGCUGGGCACGUAAAUAAUAAUAAAUUCAAUAAAAAAUUCCAACCUUUUUACUUCCUUACUUCUCCAACAAAAUUUAUUUAUUCCCAUUUCCCCGAACAAUCAAGUCAACAAUACUUACAACCUACUAUCACAAGAAAAGAAUUUAAUAAUCAGCCGCAUUACAAAAGUGAUUUCUUCAAUGAAGGUCUUAGAUUCUUAAGAUUUUAUGGUUCCGUAAUAGAAGCAAUUGACGAUAACAUAAUUUUAAAUUUGGAGCAAUCAAUUGAUGACGGUAGAAUAAAUAAAGUGACUGCCUUUUUGGAAUGGAAAGGGCAAAGAAUAGAUGCUUUUUCACAGAGGUUAGCUAUUCCAGGUCCCAAUGGUGGGAUUUUACAUCGGCUAAGAAUUGGUUGUCCUACUCGUGGCGAAGGAAAACUUCAAUUAUUUUACAGCAAAGAAGGUAUAAAAGAGUGUCCAGGCAUCUGCAGCAUACUAGUAAAAAAUUCUGGAACUGGCGCAAAAUACAAGCAAUUUGCAUAUCAAUACACCAUCCCAUAUUCAUAUACAAUAAUUAAACCUGUCUACCAAACACUUGGUUAUGGAAAGCGAACUCAUUUUGAAGUAAUAUUAUUCAAUAUAAGCUCCAAUAAAAAAAUUCCAGAAUUUGUUGUAUAUGGACCUGGGAUGGAAAUGCAAACCUCUCUUGAAAUAAUUGAUAGGAAUGAUUCUAAUAGAUGUAUUACCAUAGCUCGUGAUAUUAUGCUGAAUUUUAAAGGAUCCUGGACUUUGUCAGUUAAAAAGGUUCAAUUGAUGCACUUUUACAAAGAUUUAGGUGUGCUUCACGAUGGCAAUUCAGAAGAUCCUGUUGAUGGUGGUUUAGCAUAUCUCAUGAUAGUUGUUUAG